AAGUAGGGACGUUGUCUUACUCAGCAAGUGGAGCCAGAGAAACACGGGGAUUAUCUGCCGGAAGAAGCUCGUUUUUCCCCUCCUCUCCUUCUCUUCUUCUUUUUUUCUUUUUUCUUUUUUCUUUUCUUCUUGGAACCCGCGGAGAUGGACGGCGGCUGCGUCCUCCUGCUGUGCACCUUACUUGUGGGCGCAUCCUCGGGGAGUAGAACAGGCCAGCUGCAGAAGCCUCCUUGUAGACCCGGCUUCUCCCAGAACUUUUACACGGUGAUUGUCUCCAGAGACGUGCUGCAUGGACAGAGCAUCCUCAAAGAUACCACCCUGUCCAAUGAGCGUGUGAAGUUCGAGGACUGUCAGCGCUGCAGAGACGUGGGCUUCGUCAGCAGCGACCCCAACUUCAGCGUGAGGUCCGAUGGGACGGUGUAUGCUGAGCAAGAUGUGGCCAACCUCUCAGAGCCUGUGCAGUUCAUGGUGACGGCACGAGGGCUGCACGAUCCCCACAUCUGGGAGACCACCGUGAAGCUGGCCCUCGCCGGACAUCUUCAUCCUCUACCCCUCACAAAGAUCACCUUUGAAGAAAUGCUGUCGAGAGUGUGGGACUCCCAGCCCAGAGUUAUCAAGUUUUCUCGGAAACAUCAGAGAGGCUCCUCCGCCAAUGGGCUGAGGCGACAGAAGAGAGACUGGGUCAUCCCUCCCAUCAAUGUGCCUGAAAACUCCCGAGGACCCUUCCCUCACAUGCUCGUCAGGAUCCGCUCAGAUCAGGACAAGGCUGUCGGCAUCCGCUACAGCAUAACCGGAGCGGGCGCCGAUCAGCCCCCGACUGGAAUCUACAACAUAGACCCCAUCAGUGGCAACAUGUUUGUCACCCAACCCCUGGACAGAGAGGAGAGAGCAUCCUUCCAUCUCCGGGCUCAUGCAGUGGACAUAAAUGGGAACCAAGUGGAGAACCCCAUAGAUCUGUACAUCUAUGUGAUCGACAUGAACGACAACAGGCCCGAGUUUCAAAACCAAGUUUAUAACGGCUCCGUGGCUGAAGGCUCCAAACCAAACUCCUCCGUGAUGCAGGUGACGGCUACAGACUCCGACGACUCCACCACAGCGAACGGCAUGGUGCAUUACCGCAUCCUGUCGCAGACCCCCCACAGCCCCAUUCCCAACAUGUUCGCCAUCAACAGCGAGACCGGAGUCAUCUCUACAUUGGCUGCCGGCCUGGACAGAGAGCUUGGCUUGAAAGCAGCCAAAGCAGCAGUAGCAGCUGAUGUGAGUGAGGAGAAGCUCAUUAAUCUGGUCGCAGCAAGUCAGGCGCAGUCCCACCUGCCCCGUGAUCCUCCCACCAAAACUGGGGCACACCUGGGAGUUCACCCACCUGCUGUCAAGGUCAUCGGCAUGAACGAGCAGCACACGGGCUCGCACACCUCUUCCUCUUCUCUGCCUUCUGUGCAGUUUUCCGGGGAGGUUCCGGAGAACAAGGUGAACGUGGUGGUCACCAACCUGACAGUGGUGGACAGAGAUCAGCCCCACAGCCCCAACUGGAACGCCGUCUAUCGCAUCGUCAGCGGAGACCCUUCUAAUCACUUCACCAUCCGCACCAACCCCAUCACUAACGAGGGCAUGCUGACAGUUGUUAAGCCGGUGGACUUUGAGAUGAAUCGAGCCUUCAUGCUGACUGUGGUGGUGUCCAACCAGGCUCAUCUGGCGAGCGGCAUUCAGUCCUCCCUUCAGUCCACAGCAGGAGUCACCAUCUCUGUUCAGGACGUGAACGAGCCGCCCGUCUUCCCUGUCAACCCAAAGAUGAUCCGUUUCGAGGAGGGCGUACCGGCAGGGACCACUCUGACGGUGUUCGUUGCCCAGGACCCUGACCACUUCAUCCACCAGAUUGUCAGGUACUCCAAGUUAUCAGACCCUGCAAACUGGCUGAAGAUCAACAGGACCAAUGGUCAGAUUACCACCAUGGCCCUGCUGGACAGAGAGUCCAUGUAUGUCAAAAACAACAUGUAUGAAGCGACAUUCUUGGCGUACGACAAUGGUUCUCCUCAAGCCAGCGGGACGGGGACACUCCAGAUUUACUUGAUUGACGUGAACGACAACGCUCCGGUGCUGAUACCCCGGGAGGCCCAAAUCUGCGAGCGAGCUCGCCCCAAUUCCAGGAUCAACAUCACAGCCUCGGACGCUGACACGGAGCCCAACAUCGGACCCUUCGUCUUCGAGCUGCCAUCUUUUCCUGCCAGCAUCCGUCGCAACUGGACCAUUUCUAGACUGAACGGUGACUACGCUCAGCUCAGACUACGGAUACCCUACCUGGAGGCGGGUGUGUAUGAGAUCCCAGUUAUAGUGUCAGACUCAGGGAACCCCCCUCUGUCAAACCGCUCUUUAAUCAGAAUCAAAGUUUGUCCCUGUGACAAUAAUGGGGACUGCAGCGCCACAGGGGCCGUGGCGGCCGCCGGUCUCGGCACCGGAGCUAUCAUCGCCAUACUCAUCUGCAUAAUUAUACUGCUCAGCAUGGUUCUGCUGUUUGUGGUGUGGAUGAAGCGCAGGGAGAAGGAGCGGCAGGCGAAGCCCCUGCUGAUCGACCCCGAGGACGACGUUAGGGACAACAUCCUGAAGUAUGAUGAGGAGGGAGGAGGAGAGGAGGACCAGGACUACGACCUGAGUCAGCUGCAGCAGCCGGAGUCUCUGGACCACAUCAUUAGUAAGCCAUCAGGGGUGCGCAGGGUGGAUGAGAGGCCUGUGAUUGCUGAGUCGCAGUAUCCUGUUAGACCCAGUCUGCCCCACCCAGGAGACAUAGGAGACUUCAUAAAUGAUGGUCUGAGAGCGGCCGACAACGACCCCACUGCCCCCCCUUACGACUCCUUGCUGGUGUUCGACUACGAGGGCAGCGGUUCAACCGCCGGCUCCGUCAGCUCGCUCAACUCCAGCAGCUCAGGAGACCAGGACUACGACUACCUCAACGACUGGGGUCCUCGCUUCAAGAAGCUGGCAGAUCUCUACGGGGGCGGAGACGAUGACUGA